GUGUAUAUGUGUAUAUGUGUGUAUGUGUGUAUGUGUAUAUGUGUGUAUAUGUAUAUACUGUAUAUAUGUAUGUGGCUUCAAAGCGUAUUUACAGAAAAGCAUCAAUUUAGAUAUACGGUGUGAACGUACAGAUUAGUUCUGUCAUAGAAACAAAAUGUGUCAGAUGACAAACGGCUUUACCGUCUGGUUGCCAAAUUGCAUCAACGGCGAUGAAUCACACCCUCAAAAACGGCACACAGGCGUGCAGGCAUUAAGACCGGCUAAUUUAAGACGGCGCUCAGUGAUCUCUUUGUGCUCUCUCUAUCCUCAAGCUGCUUCGGAUCUGGUCAUCAAAAUAUGGCGCUCACGUCAAUCGAAUUUGUGCGCAUUCGAGUGCGUGCAGUGUGAACGGGGUUGACUUGUUAUGUAGUCUCUGUGAUUGUGCACAUAUGAAUGCAAUGUGUGUGUGUGUGUGUGUGUGUGUGUGUGUGUGUGUGUGUGUGUUAAUCUCCUCCAUAAAGCUGUAUAGAUUUAUUGGAGUGAUAAAACAUUAAAACAUUAAAACGUUAUGAGCAAUGCCCACAAUAGCUGUUAACUUGAAAUCAGCUUCUCUUGGAAAAACAUUCCUCUCAUGUUUGACAUUUUGAAACCAGAUUUGUACUUGACCGUUUCCAGUUGUGAUGUGAUGUGGUUUGCUUUCAUUCGUUAAUCACUCAACACAUCUCUCUCCCAUCUGUAAGAAUUUGUAGGACUUCAGUUGUCAGCGUCCUCUCGCUCUCAGCAUCCUUCUCCGCUUGUGUCCCUCUAACAGAAAUGUCUCUGUUGGCAGGGAGUCCCCGUGCUUCAGCCUCGGCCUUGCACUUCCCGUCUCCCUCCAUCAUCCAGCAGUCUAGCCCCUACUUCACCCACCCAACCAUCCGCUACCACCACCACCCUGGACAGGACCCCCUGAAGGAAUUUGUGCAGUUCGUCUGUGCCGAUGGCUCGGGGCAGGCCGCCGGACAGCCAAACGGGAGCGGCCAGAGCAAAAUGCCGGGCUCCUUCUUGCUGCCUCCACCUCCCCCAGUGGCCCGCCCAGUGCCCCUCCCUAUGCCCGACUCUAAACCCAACAGCACGCCCCCUGACGGCGGACUCUCCUCGCCCGCAUCUCCGUCAUACUCCACGUCAGGCGCCACAGCUCCCAACAGGUUUGUCGGCAUCGGAUCACGGGACAACAACUUUCUGAACAUCCCGCAGCAGACACAGGUAGGAGUCUCGGGGGGGGGGGGGGGUUUGUCUGUGUUGGUCGAUGCUUACUGGUCGAACUCAGGAAAAACUUGUUAACCAUGUGGAUGUUGGCCAAACUAUUUUGUAUUCCUUGAAACUGGCUGCUGGGUUGUCUUUCGCCUCUCCUCUCGCUCCGUCAACGCGUGCAUUGGUACAUCUGUAUUUUGCUGUCCGUGCGCGGUUUACCAUAUGUGCUCGUCUGUUUAUUUGGCACAUAUGGAGCCUUAGGCCUUCUCCCUCGCUGCCUUUUUUUUCACUCCCUCUCCUUGCUUCCUCCCCUUUUCCCCUUCUUCUAGCCUUCCCCUUCCACUUUCUAUCUUUUUCGCCUUCGUCCUACUCUGCUCGCCUCCCCUCCCUCCCUCUUAUUCACUUUCUCCCGCUGUGCCUCGCACUUUCUCUCUCUUUCACCUUCUCUGUUCUUUUCCUCCAUUACCACCAGUACUUUUCUCAUUAGCAUCCAACCACAUCUCAGUUUAAGCUCUGCUCCGGAACACAUGGAAACCAUCUGAAACCGCUCUGCCGAUCCCCUCCCUCGUUUCUCGGCCCCUCUCACUUUUCCUCCCUCUCCAUUUCCCCCCUGCUCCUCCACACGUUAUU